GCGUUAUAUGCAUGCAUGUAAUAAGAUUUUCCCUUCUGCAAUGUUUCGUUAUACAAAUUGACUAACUACUGUGUGUUUUUCGUGGCAGGGGCAAAUUCUAACUUCCUGCAGCAGCUGUUUCAACUUUCUUCACGACAGAUGAUACAAAAGCCUUCAGCUGCUUCUGGGAUCCCUUCCACUGGCUCAGCUAGUAGCAUGCAAAUUGUUUCUCCUGCUGUAGUCAAUGCACAAAACAUUGGUUCACUUUUGCAGGUUGAUAACCCUUGGGCAUUUUUCUCAGGCAAUCCAACUAGACCUCCCCGUAUCAUUACCAUCUCCUCUUCAACAGGAAACCCUCAAAUAGGCACUGAAAUCCGUGCUCCUGCUCAACAUUUGAAGCCAUUUAGGUCUUCAUCAUCCAUUUCCCCAAGUAGUCUCCGAUUGCCUUCUGGUGGAAUGUCAAGUCUGCAGGCACAUAAUAACCACGCUGCAGCUUCUAUGUCAUUGCGCCUGUCGUAUGUUAACCCCCUCGUACACAGGCAGGUAUCAACUACAGGCCAAUCUGGUAGCACGCAACAUGAAAUUGCUAGAGGGUUGACAAAUCCACCUGGGGCCGGUGCAAAUCCCCCAGGCCUUUUGAUGCCAGAUAGUAGUUCAAGGACGGAUACAAGGUUCCAUCAGGAAUCGCACGUGCCAAGUAGUGGGUCUAACUUGGCACAGCAGAGUGAAGGAGCAACUGACAUUAUUUGUUUAUCGGAUGGUGACUAACUCUAAUCACUAGGAGGUAAUGUUGUUU